CCAUCGCUGAAACCCUCCAAACGCUUACCGCAAUGGGCAGGAAACCCUCGGCCUCCGCCGCCGCCGCCGCCGCCGCUGCGGCUGCCGACCACGAUUCCGCCGUUGCCAGCGCCAAGGCCGCCGAGCUCCUAGCAGCAGCAGCUGACUGCGACGGUAUCCAUGGGCACUCCAUGUUCUUCGACGCCCUCGUGCAGCUUAUACCCCCGCGCUUCUACCUCUCCGCCGACGAUGACGUUCGCCCCUACUACCAAGGCCUCUCCAAGGCCGCCAAGGCGGCCAUGAAGGCUCAGUCCCGCGCCAAUAUCAAGGCUGCCCGCCGAGCCCGCCUCGACCCCGCGGGGCCGCCUUCCUCCACCCUCGACCUUCUCAAGAAGUCCGUUGCCGACCAAGAGGCGGAGGAGAAGAAGGAAGAGGAGGAGGAUAAGUCACAAGACGAAAGCCAGGAGUCCGACGACGAGGCCACCUCAGAGGGUGGCGACGACGACCAGGACAACGAAGAGGGAGAUGAAGAAGAGGAGGAAGAGGAUGAGGAGGAGGAGAUGCAGAUCGCCCCAGCAGCAGUUGUUUCUGAAGACCGAUCGGUGACUUACGAGGAGCUGCGAGAGCGGCUUCAUCGCCGCAUUACAGAGCUUCGUGGGAACCGGUGCACCAGGCCAGAGUUCCUGAAUAAGCCCCAGAAGGAGAAGGGUAAGAAGGCAAAGGGUGCUAAAUUGAAGGGGAAGGAGGAUGGUACAAAGCGGAAGCGUGAGGAUGACACAGAGGGUAAGGAUGGGAAGAAGCACAAGAAGGAAGGGGAAGAGAAGGCACCAGAUAUCAUGUAUGGCAAUGUGUUGGUCGAUCCAAAGGAAGCAAGGCGGAGGAAGAAGAGGAGGGUCAAGAACAAGAAGAAGGAGCUGGAGCAGGCUAAGCGGAUGCAGCGGGCAAAGGAGGAUCCUAAAAAGGCCACCAAGAUGGCCUGGGAUGUGGCAACAAGGCGCGCAGCUGGGGAGAAGGUGCACGACAACCCCAAGUUGAUUAAAGAGAGCAUGAAGAAGGAUAAGAAGAGGCAGCAGAAGCACGCAGAUGAGUGGAAGGACAGGCAGAGGACCGUGGACAUCAAGAAGAAGCAGAAGCAGAAUAAGCGGAAGGAGAACAUCCAGGGCCGGGCAGAGGAGAAGAAGGCGCGCAAAAUAGAGAAGCGCGAGAAGAAGCUUAUGCGCCCUGGUUUCGAGGGGCGCAAGGAAGGUUAUGUCAACGAGUGACAUCUACAUUGAAGAUGAUGAUGAGUGAGUACUGUGUCUGCUUUAUGUUUGUAAGGUUGCAUAUGUUGGUGUUGGUGUUGGUACUGGAAAUAGGUAUCCAGAUCAUGACUACCAUACUUAAUUAUAGCUGGAAGGUCGAAUGUUUGGCAGGUCAUCUGAAAAAGAUUUUGAGAUAUUCCUUUUGAUGUGUUUUCAUUGAGCUUAGAUUAAAUUGUUGAGGAACAAACUUUUAUGUCUAGCUUCAUAGCUAUCUCUAGCACUAGACCGAGGAAAUAUUAAUGUUCUUUUAUGUCCACUGUCCGAGGAAAUGCUAAUGAUGCUUCAAUGGA